AUGCUCCGAAGCUUAUUAGUACCCCGGGCGACCGUAAGGUCAGCCUUCAAACAGCAGUCAUCCCUCCCAACAGUAGUUGCCCCCUCGGCGAUUGGGAGGCUCUCGAGAAGAUCCUAUGCCACAGAAGCUGAGGAGAAGGAUCUGGUCAUCAUUGGCGGUGGUGUCGCCGGCUAUGUCGCUGCCAUUAAAGCCGCGCAAGAAGGCCUGAAGGUCACUUGUAUCGAGAAGCGCGGUGUUCUCGGCGGAACGUGUCUGAACGUUGGCUGCAUCCCUUCAAAAGCUCUCCUCAACAACUCCUAUCUCUACCAUCAAAUUCUCCACGAUACGAAACACCGCGGUAUCGAAGUCGGCGAUGUCAAGCUCAACCUGGAACAGAUGAUGAAGGCGAAAGAUACUUCUGUCGCCGGGUUGACAAAGGGUGUUGAGUUCUUGUUCAAGAAGAAUGGCGUCGAGUAUGUCAAGGGCACGGGAACUUUUACAAACGAGCAUGAAAUCAAAGUCAACCUUAUCGAUGGCGGCGAGCAAACAGUGAGAGGGAAGAACAUUAUCAUUGCGACUGGCAGUGAAGCCACUCCCUUCCCUGGACUCGAGAUCGAUGAGAAACGAGUUAUCACAAGCACAGGAGCUCUCGCACUAGAAAAGGUCCCCGAAAGCAUGAUUGUCAUUGGUGGUGGCAUCAUUGGUCUCGAGAUGGGCUCUGUGUGGUCAAGAUUGGGCACGAAGGUGACUGUUGUUGAGUUCCUCGGCCAAAUUGGUGGGCCAGGAAUGGAUGCGGAAAUCUCAAAAUCUGCUCAAAAGAUCUUGAAGAAGCAAGGAAUGGACUUCAAAGUCAACACGAAGGUCAUGGGAGGUGAUGCCAGUGGUGACAAAAUCAAAAUCAACAUCGAGGCUGCUAAGGGUGGCAAAGAAGAGACGCUCAAUGCUGAGGUUGUGCUGGUUGCAAUUGGCCGUCGUCCAUACACUGCUGGUCUCGGAUUAGAAAACAUUGGACUCGAUACUGAUGAUAAGGGAAGACUGGUCAUCGACUCAGAAUACCGGACGAAGAUUCCACACAUCCGUGUCAUCGGCGACUGCACUUUUGGCCCUAUGCUCGCACACAAGGCUGAAGAGGAAGGCGUUGCCGCUGUGGAAUUCAUCAAGAAAGGCUACGGCCAUGUCAACUACGGUGCCAUUCCCUCCGUCAUGUAUACACACCCCGAGGUUGCAUGGGUAGGACAAAACGAGCAAGAGGUCAAGGCCUCGGGAGUGAAAUACAACAUCGGCACAUUCCCCUUCUCUGCCAACUCGAGAGCGAAGACAAACAUGGAUACUGACGGCAUGGUCAAGAUGAUCGCCGACGCUGAGACGGAUAGAAUACUUGGCAUUCACAUCAUCGGCGCUGGUGCUGGUGAAAUGAUUGCGGAAGGAACGUUGGCAAUUGAGUACGGAGCAUCAAGUGAGGAUAUUGGACGAACAAGUCACGCGCAUCCAACACUUUCAGAAGCAUUUAAAGAGGCUGCAAUGGCGACGUACGGCAAGGCAAUUCAUUUCUAA